AAUAAAGAGAUUUCCUCAUAUAGUUGGGGAAAUCUUAUCUUCUAUCAUGUCCCCGCAAGAUGGUAUUCCUGAUAAGGAUAUCAAUCUUGGAGUGAUGUAAAGAAUGGUUUACAAGCGAGAGACUUCGUGAGUAAGGCAAGAGCAGAUCGCUGCUACUGUUACGAUUGCUGUUGCUGUGAGGGCACAGGCGUUCCCUUCGUUCUCCUUAAGUCCGCCCUUCGUUCUCCUUAAGUCCAUCGACUGUUGGCAGAUCAGUGAAAGCAGCGAAGGCAGCGAAGGCUACCGCGGUGAGGAAGAUGAGGAUUGGCCGUGGAGCCUCUUAGGAAUGUGGCUGCAGUGGCGUUGGUCGCUGGCCGAAGACAAGGGCGAAGCUUCGCUUUUCUCAACGACGUUGGUCGCUGGCCAAAGCUCUGCCCGCGAAGACCAACGGCUACAUCCGGGUGGAUUGCUAUGGCGGCCUCAAUCAGAUGAGACGCGAUUUCUGUGAUGGCAUUGGGAUAGCUCGGAUCCUAAAUGCGACGCUAGUCUUGCCCAAGUUUGAGGUGGCAGCUUACUGGAAUGAGUCGAGUGGCUUCGCCGAUGUGUUUGAUGUAGACUACUUUAUUCAACAAACGCAAGGUUUCGUGGAAGUUGUGAAAGAGUUGCCAGAGGAAAUCACAUCGAGAGAACCCUUUAGGGUGGACUGCAGCAAACGCAAAGGCCAAUUUGAUUAUGUUGAAGGAGUGCUCCCUGCUCUGCUGGAACAUCGCUAUAUAUCUCUAACGCCAGCUAUGAGCCAGAGAAGAGAUAGGUAUCCAGUAUAUGCUAAGGCUGCUCUUUGUCAAGGGUGUUACAAUGCGCUGCGCCUUAAUAAGGCCUUGGAGGCUAAAGGUUCCGAGCUCUUCAAGGCAAUACCAAAACCCUUCCUCACCUUACACCUCAGAUUUGAACCUGACAUGGUGGCCUACAGUAAAUGUGACUACCCUGGACUCUCUUCCACGUCCUUGGCUGCUAUCGAAGCAGCACGAGGGGAUAGAAAAUCAUGGACCGGUGAUGCUGCACGCAGUUGGAGGAAUCGUGGGAAAUGCCCUCUGACUCCAAAAGAAACAGCAUUUAUCCUCCAAUCUCUUAAAAUCCCUACAAACACAACGAUCUAUUUGGCAGCUGGAGAUGGUCUCCUCGAGAUGGAAGGCUUCACAUCAGUUUACACCAAUGUCUACACUAAAUCUUCCCUCUUAGACAGCAAAGAUUUUAAUCUCAUGCACGGCAACACGAAAGCUGCCCUGGAUUACUAUGUUUCGAUCAACAGCAACGCAUACAUUGCAACUUAUUUUGGAAACAUGGACAAGAUGGUAUCAGCAAUGAGAGCAGCGAAUGUACAUUACAGAACAUUGGCUUUGAGCAGGAGGGCUUUUGCAAAUCUUACAGCACUUGGGCUGGAAGGGGUGGAGUUGGCUAAUGCUUUGUGGAAGUCUCACAGAGAAGAUUUUGUGAUGGGGAGGGGCACUGCUUUGCCUGAUUGUUUUUGUGAAUCUACUUUGUGAUUCUUUUCACUCAUGUGCUUAUGAUAUUUGGAUCUGUAAUUUUAACAAGUUCUUUUUCUUAUAUUUAGGACAAGAGAACAUUUCAAGGCAAGUAUUUUUUGCUCGUCAUGGCCGGGUAUCAAAAUGUUCAACAACACUCAAGAAAACAGCUUUACUGAGGUAUUCCUGUCAUCAGUAGUGUACAAACUACAAAGUUGAUACAUGGGGCAGAAAUCGUAUCCAUUUCGUUAUUGGCAUCAGAUGUUAUCAUUUUCUUUUAUUCGCAAACAAACAUAAGUGGUAACGGUGAUUUGAUAAUAUAUUAACUUGAAAAUUCUAUGAUA